AUGUCUGGUGGUUUUGGAGCCGUCUGGUGGAACUGCUUGUUGAAUCUGUGGCUGGUCAUGAUCAAACACCCAGUCGGGCCACAUCGCCGGAUACUAUUUAUUACUGCAUACCUAGCCUGGGUAGAGCGCCUCUUCAACAGACUAGGAGACCCUUUACUCCAAAAUCAUACACUACAAACUACAUACAUACGGAGUACUCCGUACUUGGUCUGUGUUUUCUUCACCGUUGCUUGGGAAUCGCUGGUGACAUGGCAGAACCCCAGCACUGAAAGGCGUCAUGUCGACGCCCGCCGCCACCUAAAGCCGCCUCAAAUCGUGCUUGUCGCAGACCAGACACCAGACAUGAACAAAUCGGCCGGAAUAGCCAACGCAAGUGCCACCAGACCCUUCACUCCAGCAUAA